AGUUGACUAGUCUUCACAGUUUAUGAAUUUAGCGGGAACAAAAUGGCGCGAGUAACGGGAGGCGAAAAUUCUGGUUUUGGUCUGAACACAACAUAAUAUACACAAUAUUGUUCCCAAAGCGUAAUUCAGUUCCUACAGUUCACCGACCACACAUAACACUUCACACAACAGGUGAAAGAAUAAGAAGCGUGAUAUGACAAAUGGGAAAAAAUUUGAGGCCCACAGUGGAGCAGCGCCAGGAAGCAAUUAGCUUUUUUCUUUAGCUUCAAUUAGGCCUCUGCAUUCGUGAUAAAAAAAUAAUAUUUUCAUACAUACCCCUUAAAAUCGACACUGCGACAUCAUCCAAUUCUUCCAUGCUGUUAGCUUCGCCUUGCUGUCUCUGCUGGCUGCAACGACAAACGAUGUCCUCCUAGUUCACGCCCACAUUCUCAUUUGCAGCAGCUAGCUGGCGGGUGUAACCAUAGUAACGAUUUUUUACGGCAGUCUUCCUCUACCGACCUGUGACCACAGUUUACCGUCCUCUUGCCUGUGACAUCUUUGCUUCCAACAUGAUUUGGCGUUGCUUCAUAUGCUACAUAUUUGUGGCAUUGACUCUGAAACAACUUUUAAGUCACAUUAACAUCAUGCACAGUCGCAGCCCUGACUUUCGCGUUGUGUGCGGGAUUGAUGGCUGUCCAAACGAGUACAGGGUGUAUAACUCCUUCUAUUAUCACGUGAAGCGGACACACGCGCAUCAUCUUCUCCAAGUUGAAGCGGCGGAGGAGGGCCACGGUUUACCUGGAGCGAGGGCAGCCGCGAACAACCAAAGUAAUGCAAGCCCUGUGGCUGAAGCAGAGAGCUCAAGCAUCGUCAUUCCAGCGAGUGGAUUUCAAGAAGAUGGUCGCAUGAAUGUUGACCUUUCUAAACAUGCAACUGCUUUUCUUCUUCAAGCCAGAGAAACCCAUCGACUGACACAGAGAGCUGUUAACCAAAUGGUGAGUGGAGUCCAGCAAUAUCAGGCCGCAUUAUUGGAGCACCUAAAACAGCAAAUGAGCGACAUGAUCGAGAGACAUUCUGGGGACCUGGAUCUACUAAAGAGUGAUGCAAUGGGGAUAUUUGACCAGUUUGUUGACCCUUUCUGUCAAAUUACUUCCACCCAUUUGCAAGAUAAGACCAUCAAAGAACUGUUAAAACCAGUUGAACCAGAGAUUCUUGUCGCAAAACAAACAGUAUGUUAUGUGAAAAAUGGAGACUCCCGAGUUCUUACCAUUAAGGACCAUUUUUUUCAUUAUAUACCGUUGGUGAAAAGUUUGGAGCAGCUGCUGUCACAUCCAAGAAUAAUUGCAAUGAUUGAUAAGAGGCCACAGGCAUGCAAGGAUGGAUUUUUCAUGAUUUCAUUGAUGGAGACAUUUUUAAGUCGCACCCACUGUUUUUGAAAUUUCCCACAGCACUGCAGUUAAUUUUAUAUACAGAUGAAAUUGAGCUAUGCAAUCCUCUUGGAUCUCGGGCAAACAAAAACAAAUUGUUAUUGAUUUAUUACACCUUAGGUAACAUCAACCCUAAAUACAGAUCGAGACUUGCUGCCAUUCGUCUGCUUGCCAUGGUAAAAUCAAAAGAUCUUUCCCAUUGUGGUAUUGAUGAGAUAUUUGAGAGGAUUAACCGUGACUUAACUGAGCUGUAUGAUGGUGUCCAGGUUGUCACUGCAAAUGGUGAGAGGACAGUUUAUGGGGCACUUAUGUCUGUGUGCGGAGACACUCUUGCUCAGCAUGAAGUGGCUGGAUUUAAGAUAGGAGUGGGAUUUGCCUACAGUAAGUGCAGGCACUGCGAGUGCAACUUUGAAGACAUGCAGGAGCAAUUUAAGGAAGAUAUGUUUGUCAAAAGCAAAUUAUCAGAAUUUCCUCACUUUGAUAUAAUCAAUCAAACCCCACAAGACAUCAUGCAUGUCAUUCUUGAAGGUGUUGCCCCAUAUGAAAUCAAAUGUGUUUUAAAGCAUCUUGUGCUUUCAGGGCAUAUGGACUUAGACACAUUCAACAGUGCAAUUAUUUGUUUCCCUUAUUCUCCUGUGGAUGCAAGGGAUAAGCCUUGCCCCAUAUCUGUCAAUACACUGUCAUCAAAUGACAAUAAAUUGAAACAGUCAGCUGGGCAGAUGCUGGUUUUGUUAAAGAUCCUGCCAUUUCUCAUAGACAAAAUUGGAGAAAACGAUUACACACAAAUACUACUUAAGUUGUUAGAGAUAGUCAAAAUUCUGUUUUCACCUAUUAUUGCUCUCUCAACUCUUUCAAAGCUGAAGCUUUUAAUAGAGCAACAUUUACAACAUUUCAAAGAACUGUUUCCAGAUGCAAAUAUUAUACCUAAACAGCAUUACUUGCUGCAUCUUCCUUCUCAGAUUAAGGCACUUGGUCCUACAGUGAGGCAUAUGUGUAUGCGCUUUGAGUCAAAGCAUUGCUUUUUUAAGCAGUGGGCUUUGAAAAGUAGUUUUAAAAAUAUAUGUAAGUCUCUUGUGAAGCACAACCAACUUUAUGAAUGUAGUCAGAAUGUGCAUGAGAAACAUCCAAUUUGUUCAAGUGAAGUUGACAUGGGCCCAGCCUCUGAGGUG